GUUAUAAUUUCAUGCAUUCUUCGGUAAAUUUGGUAAUUGAUAAAGUAGGUAUAUAAAAUGACGAAAAUGAAUCCAGAUUCAGUCCGGUCCAGUGCAGUGAAAGAGUUGACAUAAUGCUGCUGAGAAAAGUUUUAGCUUUAUUAUUUAUAUCUAAGAUGGCUGUAUCACAGUCACUCUACCCCACUACAGCUGUAUCCUAUUCAACAAAUGCUGUACCUACGAUACAAACCCUUCCAGUAUCACCAACACUCAGUUCUGUACCAGCGACUGUCACUAAUGUACCCAUGCCAACACAGCCAGCAACAUUUUCGACAAUGCCUGUAUCUCCUAUCACAUCUUCAUCAGGUGUGAAAGUAACUACAAUGCCAGCUUCAACUUUAUCUUCAAUGUCACCAUCAUUGUCAUCGAUGUCAUCUGUAUCUUCACCGUCUACAAGUCCUGCAUCGAAAAUAACAGAGCCUAAAGCCCGUUUCUUACCAGCAUCUAUCCCUGAUCCAAAAGUUACGAUUCUUCCUCACGAUACGCCUACAACAAGAGACAUUAGCUGUCUGAAUGAUCCUUAUUUGUUAAAUAUUAAAAACAACGGUUCUCCGUCACCGGUAAAAAGGAUCACAAUGGCGUGUACAGACGAUUUCAUUCUUCCGGAUGAAGAUCCUCUGUGCCUUGGUAUUACGAAGAAUAAUUUUAAGCCACCAACUCCUCUUUCGAAGAAGGGUAAUAAGGGAAACUUGAAUAACCCGAUUGAUUUUGAAGGUUUGAUGGAUGGUUUUAUGAGUUGUCUGUAGAGAAGAUGAGAUCAGAUUGUCAGUGACAAAAUGUUAGAAAAGAUGAGAUCGCCAUAACGUGAUAAUUCUAAUUAGAGAUAAAAAUAACAGAAAAGAAAUAAUGAGAGAGAAAGGUUGUAACCAGCGGUGAUUUUGAUGAUAAUGAUGGUGUAGAUAUUUAUUAAUUCAACGGUUUUGCACUCGAAGCCGUUGGGCCGUGGUCAUCAGACACCAAACAAGUUGUGAAAGAAAUUUCUCAUAAACUUGCCUAGGUGUCUGGCGACCUUCGCGCGGCGGUUUAUUUCGCUCAGCGACUAAGUCUGGCAAUCCAACGGGAAAAUGCAGCAAGCUUCCUAGGGAUGAUGCCCCCGGCAACUCAAUUUCGGUUUUAUAGACGAAAACUGUUAAUGUAUAUUAUAUAUAUUGUUAUUGUAAAUAAAAUACUAAAUGUUA